CCCCAGCCCUUGCUUCAACGGCUGAGAUCACACUUACAGAGGAACAAGCUCCCCGUUCUUUCACUUUCUCUCUCCUCUUCAUCUUCCAAUUUCUGAUUUUAAUUUCGAUUUUUUUUCUUCGAAAAUCAGAGAGAUUUUUGUUCGGAAAGUUUCUUCAGUUUUCCAGAGAUGAGAUUCAUGGAUGAGGAAAAGGAAAUCGUGGUUUUGAACGAAGAAGAUAGGGAGGAGAAGGAGGAGGAAGAUGAGAGUGAAGUAGAAGAGGAGGAAGACGAUGACGGUGACGAUGUUGAUGACGAAGACGAUGAUGGAGAAGAAGAGGAGGAAGACGAUGAUGAUGGACAGGUUAUUCACUCCUCUGGUGCUCCUCCGGUGCAGUCCGUGGAUGAUGAUGAGGAAGAUGAUGGCGUUGAGGAUGAAGACGACGAGGACGACGAUGGGGAAGGUGAUGAUGACGACGAUGAUGACGACGGUGAGGUGAACGAUGACGAUGACGAUGACGAUGCCGAGGAAGAGGAGGAUAUGGGAACAGAAUACCUUGUACGGCCAGUGGCUCGUGCUGAAGAUGAGGAAGAUGCCAGUGAUUUUGAACCUGAUGAGAAUGGAGACGAUGAAGAUUUUGAAGAAGAGGACGAGGAUGAAGAUGAUGUAGAUGAAGCUGCUGGGAAGGUUGAAGCCCCAUCAAAGAGGAAGAGGUCAGAUGAUUCUGACGAUGGUGAUGAUGGUGGAGAGGAUGACGAGAGACCAUCCAAGCGAUAGGGUCGAGCCCCAUCCUGGUUUGAGGACUGACCAUUGAGGCAUAGGUCAAAUCUCUUUUUCUCAUCUCUCAUACACAAUCUUUUCUCAGUAGAAUGAAGGAUAGGAUGCAUAUCGCAUUCUAUUUCUACUAGAUAUUGUAUUAUUACAUUAUCAUUAUUAUUAUUAUUAUCAUGCAGGACUGUUAGGGUUACAUGUUUAAUCUGGUAAUGCAGAGUCAUGUUGAGUUGAGGUCUGAAGAAUUACUUUGGAACACUGGUUUAGAAUUUGUAUGAGUAACUAUGAUCUUUAGAUAAGUAUUGGACUUUUGAUAGCAUGCUUUUUCCAUGGUGAGUGAGUAAAUCAAAGCCCCCACAUCCCAUGUGAGCUCCUCUAAUAAUCACUGUUGAGUGUGGACUAUAGUCAAGAGGUGGGUCCCAACUGAAAUGAUCCUUCCACCUUACUCUACCUCAAUUAUAGAGUCGAAGACUUUGUAGGACGCGCUUACUCUAAUUGU